GCAAGCUGUUUUUUUAAGCUGUUUAUUUAGUUAAGUUAAACUUAUUAGCUCAACCUAGGUUAAAGUUAAUUGUACAAAGAAGAUAAAUACUAAUUGGUGUAUUCUAAAUGCGGCUCCUCAAGCCGGCUUGGGUGCAUCACGAUGACAAACAGAUAUUCUCGGUGGAUAUCCAUCAGGAUUGCACGAAAUUCGCCACCGGAGGUCAGGGAAGCGACUGCGGACGCGUGGUCAUCUGGAAUCUGUUGCCGGUGCUCUCCGACAAGGCGGAAUUCGAUGCGAAUGUCCCGAAGAUGUUGUGCCAAAUGGACCAGCACCUGGCCUGUGUCAACUGCGUCCGCUGGUCGCAGAAUGGCCAAAAUCUGGCCUCCGGCUCGGACGACAAGCUCAUUAUGAUCUGGCGCAAAUGCGCGGGAUCCAGCGGUGUUUUCGGUUCCGGCGGCAUGCAAAAGAAUCACGAAUCAUGGAAAUGCUUUCACACACUGCGCGGUCAUGACGGCGAUGUCCUGGACCUCGCCUGGUCACCCAACGAUAUCUACUUGGCCAGCUGCAGCAUCGACAACACGGUGAUCAUCUGGGAUGCCCAGGCAUUCCCGCACUCGGUGGCCACCUUAAAAGGACACACGGGCCUGGUGAAGGGCGUGUCCUGGGAUCCGGUGGGUCACUUUCUGGCCUCGCAAUCGGACGACCGGAGCAUCAAGAUCUGGAACACCAUGGACUGGAACCUGUCGCACACGAUCACCGAACCUUUUGAGGAAUGCGGCGGGACCACGCACAUUUUGAGGCUCUCCUGGUCACCGGAUGGCCAGUACCUGGUCUCGGCGCAUGCAAUGAACGGCGGCGGACCCACUGCACAGAUCAUCGAACGUGAGGGCUGGAAGUGCGACAAGGAUUUCGUGGGUCAUCGCAAGGCGGUGACCUGUGUAAGGUUCCACAAUUCUAUUUUAAGGCGCCAGGUGAACGAUGAGACUCCGAGUAAGUCCCUGCAAUACUGCUGCCUGGCUGUGGGCUCGCGAGAUCGUUCCUUGUCCGUUUGGAUGAACGCCUUGCAGCGGCCCAUGAUCGUCAUCCAUGAGCUGUUCAACGACAGCAUUCUGGAUUUGUCCUGGGGCCCACAGGAAUGCCUGCUGAUGGCCUGCAGCGGCGAUGGCAGCAUUGCCUGCCUGAAGUUCUCCGAGGAGGAACUCGGGACGGCCCUCUCCGAUGAUGAGCAGAAGAAUAUAAUACAGAAAAUGUACGGCGCAAGUUAUGGCAAUGGUCAUACUGCACUCAUGGGCCAACCGCACAGAUUGCUGCUACCUCAUGGGGGCAAACCCGUGAAAUUCCCAUCCAGCAACAACGAAGCCAACCAACGACCCAUUAGCAAACAGACGGAAACGAGGACCAAGGAUGGCAAGCGAAGGAUCACACCUAUGUUUAUACCACUGCAUGAGGAGGGACCCACAUCCCUGAGCUCGCAUAUAGUGUCCAGUAGUGGAUCGGCGGCGACAGCUUUAACAUCUUGCUCGGCGGCGGGCGGAGCGGUUUCAUGUGCCGUUCCAACGGAGGGCGCUGCCACGCCCCUGAUGCCGCUGGAACCUUUGGUUAGCAAGGCGGAUCUGGGUCGCUUGGAUUCCAGGCUUAAAACCCAACCCGCCAGCCAGCGCCGGCAAUCGCUGCCCUUCGAUCCUGGCCAGACCAGCGAACUGCCACGAUCUCCUCGACUGGAGGAGCACCAAAGUAGCACCAAUGGUCCCAGCAAUCUCAAUGUCACGGUCAAUGGAAAGAGUGAGUUUGUCAAGGCCGCAUUGGACUAUCGUGUGCAUGUCCAGAAUGGUUAUCUAAAGACAAAUCACGGGAUGCUAGCGAAAGUCACCGCCUCGGAUUCCAAGGAAAUGCUCUGGGAGUUUUACGUGGGAUCACCGGUGGUCAACCUAAAUCUGUGUGGAAAAUACGCCAUGCUGUGCUCCCUGGAUGGGAGCAUGCGACUAAUUUCCAUGGAGACGGGCUGCCCAGUCUUUCCGGCCAUCUCGCUGACCAGUUCCGCAGUGCAUUGCGCUUUUAGUCCGGACAACAGUUUGGUGGGUGUGCUGACCGAGUGCGGAUUGCUGCGGAUAUGGGACAUCGCCAGGAAGGUCAUCAGCCUGGCGGCGGGCUGCUUGGAGCUGCUAAAUAAGCAUGGAACGGCCGUACAGUUUUCGGUCACGGAUCAGGGCAUGCCGCUGAUUGGAUUCCCCAGUGGCAACUCGUACUCCUACUCGACGAGCCUACAAUCGUGGCUGGUGCUGGCCACCAAGGAUGCCAUCAUGUACCACGGCAUCCGGGGAACACUGCCCAGGGACAUGGACCAAAUGCAGCAAAAGUUUCCGCUUCUCAGCAUGCAGGCCAGCAGUCAGAAUUACUUCUGUUUCACUGGCGGCAUGGAGUUGAGAAAUUCGGAGAGCUGGCAGCAGAGCGCUAAAAUCAGGUUUAUUGAGAACCAGAUCAAGCUGUGCGAGGCCCUCCAAUCGCUGGAUGAACUGCAGCACUGGCACAAGAUGCUCACCUUCCAGCUGGCCACCCACGGCUCUGAAAAGAGGAUGCGUGUGUUCCUGGACGACCUGCUCAGCAUUCCGGAGCCGGGAAUAUCACAGUUCGUGCCAAAGUUGGAGUUAAUGCAGUGUGUACUGGACACACUGAAGCCACAUUCCGAAUGGCAGCGCCUGUACUCGGAGUACGUAGACCUGCUUAAGGAAGCCAAAUCUGAAAGGCAAAAGGAUAUCUUUGCCACACCCGCCCCUCCACUGCCGAAAACUGCCUCGUCAGCGGAAUCAUCUCCGGGGGCAGGGCUAACUGGAGAUGAGGCAGCCGGGGAAGAGGCCACUGAAAAAGGAGGGUCACCAACGGCUGUGACAACAGGCACUUCCACAACCACCACCACCAGCAGCUCCAUAUCUUCCUCGGGUUCAUCUUCCAACUCUGGGUCGUCCUCAUCUACCUCUUCCUCAUCGUCAUCGCUGUCUGCGCCUCCACCUGCUCCGAGUCUCUCGCCGGAGAUCUAAACCCCAGACUCGCCCACCGUCUGAAUAGACAAUAUGUUGUCGGCUUCUUCACUACCUCCGUGGAAUACGUUUCCCGUGCAAGAUUCGAAAGCUUCCGAAUCCAGUGGACCUGCCUCCACUUCGCUGGCCGGUUUCGCAGCGGGAGCAGCUCCAGUUUCCAGUUCCAAAGCAGCUGAAACAUUUCAGACAUGAGACGAAAGACUCCUAUCCCUAAAAACCUUCUUUAGUUUUGGUUUAUUUCCCUAAGCUAUAAGCGUUAAAAGUACCUAAUCAUAUUAGGAACCUUACAUUCUUCCUGCCCGAAAAAACAUCAGUUAUUGUGUAAAGCAUUAAAAUUGUAUAAAAAUUAAACUGAUCGAAAACAUUA